AUGUCUAAGAUCUACGUCGGAAACCUUUCAUGGAGCACCAACGACGAGUCGUUGCGCCAGGCCUUCAGUGAGUUUGGCCAGAUCGUCGACUCUAUCGUCAUGGUCGACCGUGAGACUGGUCGCUCCCGUGGAUUCGGUUUCGUCACCUACUCUUCCGCUGAGGAGGCCGAGGCUGCCAUCACCGCUCUUAACGAGCAGGAGCUCGAUGGUCGUCGCAUCCGUGUCAACCUCGCCAAUGCCCGCCCCAGCGGUGGCUUCGCCGGCGGUGCCGGUGGUGGCCGUUGGUAA